AUGAGUCUUCUGGCCAUUAUGAUUUCUGCAGUUUCGCUGGUAAGUGCUGGGGCAGCAAAUCAUGAGGGUCUGACCGAUCGUGAAUCCAUCCAAUGGACGGAAAAUGUUGCCCGACCACACGUCGGAACGGUUACAUAUGGCACAAUUAUAAACCACUGCAAAUCGCCUGGCCUCAUCGCCCUUGCCUUCGAUGAUGGCCCCUGGGUCUUCACAAAUCAGUUGCUGGACCUCUUGGAUCAGCUUGGAGUUCAAGCUACAUUUUUCGUCACUGGUUAUAACCUGGGUAAGGGUCGUAUUGACGAUUGCAAACGUCCCUGGCCUUCCAUAAUGUACCGCAUGUACGAUUCCGGGCAACAAAUCGCUAGCCAUACAUGGACACACCAAAACCUCGACCGAGUAAAUCACAAGACACAGGAAACCGAAAUAAUUUACAACGAAAUGGCCUUCAGAACCCUUUUCGGGUGGUUUCCUAGCUAUGUUAGGCCGCCGUAUCUGGAGUGUACUGCAAAGUCGGGCUGUCAGGACUUGCUGGGUAACCUCGGCUAUCACAUCAUCACAAGCAACGUCGAUACUAAGGACUAUCUGAACGACAGCCCUUCUCAAAUCCAAAAAUCGAAGGAUAUUUUCGCUGAAAACAUAUCUAAGGAAUCCUCGAAGAAUAGCUACAUUGUUUUGGCUCAUGAUACACACAAUCAGACGGCCACCAACCUCACGGCAUUUAUGGUGCAAGUGGCCAAGGAUCGAGGCUAUAAAUUGGUGACGGUGGGAGAAUGUCUUGGAGACCCGAAGGAAAACUGGUACCGAUCUGUACGGAACGGUCGAUAUUCAUGCAAGAGCACUGGCGGCUCAGUCAUAGCGGACUCGUCAAUGCCUGCGAAAUUGGUCACCACCAUUGCCACUGCACCUACAUCCACCACAGGAAUGGAUCCAACAUCAACACAAUGGGGUCCCUCGGCGCAGACCAAGGCUGCAAGUCCUGGAGUAGAGCUGGCUUCUGCAUGUCUCCGAUAUAUUUGUUUGGGUGUGAUAGUAUUCGUUCUGGGAAUGCGAGUGCUUUAA